ACUUAUCAUAACUCUAGUGAAGAGCCAAAUGAAGCGCUACUUUUAAUACUCUUUGUCCUUCCGGGUCAAUUUGAUAUUUGGAAGUUCGGCGCGAUCGCGUCGGUGUUUUCGCAUAUAUCUUACCAGCAAAAACAAUAAAUAAACAAAACAACAGACGGCGAGGAGCAGUAACAAUGUCUGCACAGCCAUCAGGCAGUGGUAGUCUGCAAGGAGGUCUUCAAGGUCCAGAGGAAUUCACAGUCAAAAUACAGAAGAAUCCCCAAAAGAAAUACAAUGUGAUGAGAUUUGCUGCCAACAGUGCUGUGGACAUGUCUGCAUGGAAGGAGGCCAACAUGGAGAGAGAAACCAGUACCAUGGACAUAUACAAAGACGAGUCGAUGCCGGAAUACGGCGAGGGUAGUGAGUACGGGCGGAAAUGGCGUGAGGAGGCGCGACAGAAGAAAUACGGCAUCAACAAGACAAAACUCAAGCUGGAAGACCAGCCGUGGUUACUUAAAGUAGGAGGAAAAGGUGGCAAAAGAUUUGUAGGGAGAAAGGAGGGAGGAAUCAACGAGGCCUCGUCGUACUUCGUCUUCAGACAGACGGGAAACAAGACGUUCGAGGCCUGCCCUGUGGAGUCCUGGUACAACUUCACACCCCAGAUCAAGUACAGAUACCUGAAUGAGGAAGAAGCUGAGGCCGAAUUUGAGAAGAGACAUAAAGUUCUGAACUAUUUCAACAUCAUGAUGAAGAAAAGACUGGAGAAUAAGGAUGAGGCAGAAACGGAGGGAGAAACAGAGAAGAACGUAUCGGCCAGAGAUGACUUGAGGGUGCGAGAAGGGGAUGAUUCUGACUCUGACUUAGGUGGCUUCUCUGAUGACUCAGAUAAUGAGGCAGAGGGGAAGAAAGAAAAGGCAAAAACUGCCAAGAAAAAGAAGGAUACCAAAGUCCAGAAGAAAAAGAAGAAGAAACAAAAAGGUUCUGAUGAUGAGGCACUAGAAGACAGUGAUGAGGGAGACUAUGAUGGCAGAGAAGUGGACUACAUGUCAGAUGAAGAUGAAAGUGCUUCAGAAGAAGAAGUAGACAAGUCCAAAGCUGAUGGUACAGACCUGAAGGGUGUGGAUCAGGAGAUGGAGAUGUCCUCUAGUGAGGAGGAGGAGGAGGGGGAGGGGGAGAAGGAAGGGGAGGCUGCUGAGGGGGAGAAAACAGCAGAAGACAAACCUGACAAAAAAGAAGAGAGUGACAGCAGCUCGUCAGAAGACAGUGAUGUUGACCUUGAAUCCUCUGCACUCUUCAUGCAGGACAAGAAAGAAGGGAAACUGCAUGGAAAAGGCGGCAAGGGGCGAAGUAAAAAGGGGAAGACUGCUUUUGGGAAGGCCAGUUCUAAAGGUAACUCCAAGUCCGGCAGUAGCAGCAGUAGUAGAGCCAGUACACCUGCGCCGGACGGAGGCAUCGGGUCAACGCUAGCCGCAGCCGCCAAGAAGUUAGAACAACAGAAAGGUACCAAGCGAGCAGGUGAGGGAGACAGUCCGCUGCCUAAGAAGGCUCGCCACAGUCGCAGCCAUGAUGGGUCAGGGUCCGGCACACCAACAAGUGAGCUUGGUCUAACAGAGGAGUCGGUGAGAAGAUAUCUUAUGAGGAAACCCAUGACAGCUAAGGACCUUCUUAAGAAGUUCCCCACGGGUAAGACGGGGUUGAACCGUGACCAAACCGUGGCAAAGGUCACCGAGAUACUCAAGAAACUCAACCCGGAGAAGAAAACGAUAAACGGAAAGAUCCAUCUUUGGCUGAAGUCCUGAACUGUUUUAUUUUUGUAGCCGUGUUAAGUAGAUGUUUAUUACUCAAAGUGGAACCUUCAUGUUAUUGUAUAAUUUGGACAUAGACACGUCAUAUAUUUACAGUCUGCUUGAUCAGGUGCUAGAAAUUCUUGCUGUUUUGGGCCUCGUAAUGGUCCCUUUACUGCAGAGGAUUUGGACUUAGACCUCUGAAUGGCAGAAUAUUAUUUCCACAAGAUGUACUACCAAUGAAACGCUUGCAUGGGAGUAACUUAUAAUACAUGUACUGAAACUUGCGCAAAAUGAAAAAAGAACAAUUUUGAUCAGGCCCACAAUAUGAUGAAAAGUCAUAGCAACCAAAAGCUUAUUGACAAGCUCUUUAAUAUCAGUUAUUAAUGUUAGCAAUAUUAGAAGGGUCUGAAUCCCCCAGGUUUACAAGUAUUUACCAUGAAGUGUCCAUAGAACUGAUCAAUUGAAGGAUUGCUUGAAACACAAUAUAUGAAUAAUCAGGCAUUAUGAUAUUUACUUAGAUGUACAGUUGAUAUGUUAUUUCUUUCUCUUCGUGCCACAUCUACAGCAAAAAAGUUAGAAGUUUUGUUUUCUUGAAGUUAAGCUAUUACUAGUAUUACGUACAGGAACACAGAUGUGUACUAUUGUAUGAACGUUAUUAAACUUUAAAACUUUUUGUCA